AAAAAGUUGGGUAGAAUCUGAAUGUCUAGAUGGGCGAAGAAAAACAAAAUUCAUAUUUAUGCAAAACCAAAAUGCUACUUCUCAAAAUUUCCCCCUAAGAACCCCACCUCUCUCUCCUUCGCUCUCAGUUUCUCUUGCGUCGUUCACCGCCCCAAAGCUGGUAGCGACUUCCUCCCUUUCUCUCUCUCCCUCUCUCCUUUCUCCAUCGUUGCUCUCUCUCUAAAUUGACCCCCCUGUACGGUACCACGCCGGCGUCUCUGGUUGUGCCGUACACCGUUUCCGCCACUGGAUGUUUGCUGUGCCAAUUUGUAUUCUUGAUUUUUAUGGCACAUCUGGGUGAAUUUUGAGGAGCCAACGACCAGAAGUAAUUGAAGGAUUUUGAUAUUCUUUUACUAGUUUGGUGACAAUUGCCCUCCUACAAGGUCUAUUCGCCAUUAGUAAAUUUCAACCAUGGCAGCCGGAACUGCCAGCUUUAGCAGCAAAAACUUGGACUCGAACCCGAUGGAAAUGAGUAAGGGAAUACAAAUUGAAGGAUACCCGAUUAAGGGCUUGUCCAUUGGAGGCCAUGAAACUUGCAUCAUUUUCCCAACACUCAAUUUGGCCUUUGAUAUUGGUCGCUGCCCUCAAAAGGCCAUAAGUCAGGACUCCUUCUUCAUCUCCCAUGGUCACAUGGAUCACAUUGGGGGACUUCCCUUGUACGUUGCUACCCGUGGAUUAUACAAAAUGGGACCACCAACAAUUAUUGUACCAAAAUCUAUAAAGAAUGAUGUAGAAAACCUUUUAGAGGUGCACAGAAGAUUGGAUCAAUCUGAGCUGAGAUGUAAUUUGAUUGGCUUGGAAGUGGGGGAAGAGUUGUCAUUGAGAAGGGACCUCAAAGUGAGGGUGUUUAGGACAUACCAUGUCAUUGACAGCCAGGGUUAUCUGCUUUACUCUGUAAAGCAAAAGCUUAAGAAAGAUUACCUGGGACUAUCUGGCAAUGAGAUCAAGAAACUCCGCUUAUCUGGUGUAGAGAUUACUUACACAAUUACCGAGCCUGAAGUGGCUUUUACAGGAGAUACCAUCGACUUUAUAGUUGAUGAAAAUAAUAUUGACGUAUUGAGGGCAAAGAUCCUAGUUAUGGAGAGCACAUUUCUUGAAAAUAGAGUUAAAGUGGAGCAUGCUAGAGAAUAUGGACACACUCACUUAUUUGAGAUAAUAAAUCAUGCGAAAAAGUUUAAGAACAAAGCGAUUCUUCUGAUUCACUUUUCAGCACGCUACACUACAGAGGAAAUUCAGGAAGCUAUAUCUACUUUACCUCCACCUUUGGCAGGCCGAGUUUCUGCACUAACCGAAGGUUUUUGACAAGGGGUGCCCUGUCCAAUACGAUUUUAUAUUCACAUAGUUAUUUAAAAGUGUUCUGGAACUCAUUUUGCUCACCUUUAUACUUGAACCUUCUUUUUUUGCUAGUUCUUGUAAUUUUGAGUGAUUUCAUUGCAGAAGUGGUGUGCUUUGAAUUGGGUCGUUUCUAUUUUUGUAAGGGAAAAUGCUAAAUCAAACUUUGCUACAUUAGAUGAUAUUGAUUGAAUUCGUGAGGUUUUAUAAGACUAGUUUUUUUAUAAGACUAUUUUUUUUAGUACAA